CAGCCUCUGCCUGGGAAGUUCCCUCCGGGGACAUCUUCUGGUGGGUACUGUGGGCCUGAUUCCAGGCCCUAUGGCCUGUGAAACCUCACCACUGGGGGGAAGGCUGGGCCGGACAGAGUCAUCACCUGUGGUGCCAGCCCCAUGGAUGAGGUAGAGUGGACACGAAGACGACCCAAGCCUGAGGACCUAAGGGUUGGGCUCAUCAGCUGGGCAGGGUCCUACCUCACUUAUGAGACAUAUAAGAGUACAGUCGCUGCUACUGCAAAGGGUUUGGGCCGGAGACAGACCUGGGAGAUCCUGGUGAGCAAUGAGCAUGACACACAGGCUCUGGUACGACUAAGGAGCUUGCAGGGCCUCUACCUUCUGUGCGAGGCUGAUGGCAGUCUGUGCUAUGGCCGGCCAAGGACAAGCCACCACGGAUGCUUCCUCCUCCGUUUCCACCGCAAUGGCAAGUGGACCCUGCAGUGCAUAAUCAGUGGUCGUUAUCUGGAGUCUGAUGGUGAGGACGUGUUCUGCAACUCCCGAGUCCUCUCAGCUUACCACAUGUGGACCCCCCGGCCAGCCCUCCAUGUCCAUGUGAUCCUCUACAGCCCUGUCAACCACUGCUACGCCCGGGCUGACCCUGGUGUGGGCCGUGUCUGGGUGGAUGCACCAGUUCCCUGCCUGAAGGAAUGUGGCUUUCUGUUGCAUUUCCAAGAUGGAUGCUACCACCUGGAGACCUCUACACACUCCUUCUUGUCCCACUUAGACCGGCUGGUCUCCCAACCCUCAACACAGACAGCUUUUCAUAUGCAAGUACGGCCUGGCGGACUCGUAGCACUGAGCGAUGGAGAAGGAGGCAUGUUGUAUCCACAAGGCACACGUCUGCUCCUGGGCUUGGGCUCCAGUCCGCACAGGGGAGAGGAGUGGUUCAUCCUACAGCGCUGCCCAACCUGGGUCAGCCUCAGGUCAAAGGCCCACAAGUUCCUCUCUGUCAUCUAUGAUGUUGAGUUGUGCGCUGCGUCUGAACACUUAACCCAGAUGUCCUUGUUCCAGUUUGAAUGUGACAAGGACAGCCCCAACUUGCAGCUUCGUUCAGCCAAUGGCUGCUACCUAGCCCAGAGACGCCACAAGAGAGUGAUGGCCGAUGGGCAGCCACUGGAGUCUGACACCUUCUUCCGUAUGCACUGGAAUUGUGGCAAGAUCUUCCUGCAGUCUCCCAAUGGACGCUUCUUGGGUAUAGUAGCCAAUGGCCUGCUCAUGGCCAAUGCCACCGUUCCAGGCCCAAAUGAGGAAUUUGGGGUUCUGUUAGCCAACCGUCCCUUCAUCGCAUUGCGUGGUCGAUAUGGGUAUGUGGGCACCUCGUCAGAAUGUGACCUCAUGCAGUGCAAUAUGGAUCAACCUGACUGCAUUCACCUGCUGCCCUGCCGCCAGGGCAUCUACCACUUCCAGGCACAGGGCGGAUCCUUCUGGUCAAUAACAUCCUUUGGCACCUUUCGCCCUUGGGGAAAGUUCGCCCUCAACUUCUGUAUAGAGCUUCAGGGUAGCAACUUGCUCACGGUGCUGGCACCCAAUGGCUUCUACAUGCGAUCUGACCGAAGCGGCACCCUGUUGGCAGACAGCGAAGACAUUACCAAAGAGUGUAUUUGGGAAUUUUAGGAUCUUACCAGCUUUUCUCCUAAAAGCCAGAGUUCAGGAAAUGACUGACUGAGGGUUUCUAUUUCCCCUUCCCUCCCCAGGCCAAUGGGAUGCCACCUACAAAAAUCCAAAUUCUCCAGGAGAAACUACUACACUAAACAGAACAGGAACCCCAGAGUCAAGAUCCGUGAGAAGAAUAUCUGUUACACAACUUUUCCUCCCCAGUUUAGCAAAACACCUGUUUUGAGCAACAAUACAUCACAAAAGGCCACCCCCAAAAUCCUGGUGUGUGUCUGACU